GAACAGAGGAAGUGGUCUUUGGGAAAGUUGGAGGAAGCAUCCUCCUUUUAUGCCGAAAUGUCUCCAAAGAAGCAACCGAGGUGGUCUGGUUUCAAGGGGAUCCGCACUCUUUCGCCCCACUCUUCUCCUCAAGGGUCGCUUUCCCCCCGGACGUCCGUUUCUCCCUGGUUGACAACAGCUCUCUGCUCAUCACAGAGCUACGUGUCCAGGACGAAGGCAACUAUACUUGCAAGGAAGUAUUGAACAAGACGGACCACGAGCACAGGGUCCAGCUCCUGGUAGCCAAUCCACCACACUCAAGCCCAAAGUGCUGGGCUGAGACCUCCUCAUCGGGGAUGAUGCUGCAGCUGUUUUGCAGCUGGCCCGGGGGGUACCCCCACCCCACCCUGUACUGGAGAGAAGAGGGGCACGAUCUGGAGAACUCCAGCUGGGUCAUCAGCUCCACGAGCUCCUCGGACACCCACGUGGAAACGCUGAACAGCUCCCACCUCUCCCACCGCAAAGUGUUCAAGUGUGUCGGGAGCCAUGUCAUCAAGCAGGAGGAGCCUGCGUGCACUGUGGAAAUAAAACGCCCUUCACUGGAAUCAGAGCCCCCCAAGACCUGCUUUGUGGGUGACAACGUGACCCUGACGUGCCGUGUGACCGAGAGCACCCCAGCAGCGAGGGUCACCUGGCUGCGGGGCAUCACCCACCCAGAGGUGGAGAUCCACCCCGGAGGGAGGUACCUCAUCGCCCAGGAGGGCAACGUGUCCCGGCUCACCAUCCAGAACUGCUCCCAGGGCACCGAUGGGGGCUGUUACGUCUGCAAGGCCCAGAACCCUGUGGGGCUGAGGGAGCUGUUCGUCUGCCUGACAGUGAAGCAGCCAGUGAACAUCGUUGGGGUCGUUGGUGCAGUGGUGGUCCUGUCCCUGCUGGCUAUUCUCACCAUCACUGGGGUCGUCUUGUACUACAAUCCCCUCCUGUGCCUGAGAGGUACUGCAUUCAGCUGUGGUGCUGCGGCAUGGGAAGGCUCUUUCCUGAGUGCCUUCCCUUCGCCAUCUGUACGGGAGGGGAGAGUAACUCACUUGGGAAGGGCCCGUGCAGUUUAGCGCAUGAAUAUUUGUGAAGUGCUUGGAGGACUUUGGAAGAUGAAUGGGAAGCAGUGCGGAAUGCCGUUGGUGGCGUUGCUGCCAGCAGGGGCUGAAACCACCUGUUCUUUGAAC